AUGCCGAGCGGGACGCUAGCCCAUCAUCGCCAUGCGACUCCGAAGCCCACCGUGGCAGAGCGGCCGCAUGGGCAUAAGGAGGCGCCCCCGCAGGUGAUAUCUACGACCAAUGUUAUGCCAUGGGACAGUCCCUUCGUCACGUGGGAUCAAUUCCAGUCCGCUAUGAGUGUGAUAGGAACUGUUAUACGGGGGACCGUGGAAUCCGGCGCAACGAUUCCCAUACUACCAGAAGACGGCAGCACUAUGCAGGCCUUUCUGCUGCGCAUCGAGCGCCGGUACACCCAGAUGGGAUUGGAACCGCGCAAGUGGGGAAAUGCACUUAUAGACCACCUUGUGGGCCCGGGUCUAACGUAUUGGAUGUAUCUACGGAGAACUAUCGACCUAAGCGCCUGGGCGACAGUACAGCGCAGGCUUUUGGAGCGGUUUGACAAAACAAUGUCGCGGAGUCAAUUGUUAACGGAGUUGGCUAAAGUACGGUGGACCGGUAUGCGGCUGUAG